GCUCGCGCGCGCACGCGCACGCGCUCGCUCCUCGGCAGGAAGUUGUCGAGAUUGAAAAGGGUGAAAGAGACAGGACAGAAAACAAAACAAAGCCGACGCGACUUAUUUAUGUUUCGGGAAAAGUUAGGGAGUCGUUUCAGGGUUGAGUGAAGCUCGGAGGGAUCACUGAAGGGGGUUUAAUACCGCAGAUAACGACCCGGAGGCUGAAUAUGGACUGAAUGGUGGCCGAAAGCCCUAUGGAGGCGGCGAGAAGUUUUCGGUUCGUCCUGCUGCUCCUGCUGUUGGGAAUGACGAGAGUCUCGGCGAGAGAAGUAUGUCUGGGCACGGAUAUGAAGCUGGCAUUGCCCUCCAGUCUGGAGAACCAUUACGAGAUGCUGCGACUCCUUUACACCGACUGCCAGGUCGUCCACGGCAACCUUGAGAUCACACACCUGCAAGGGAUGCCAGAUCUUUCCUUCCUCGAGGGAAUAGUGGAGGUUCAGGGCUAUGUGCUGAUAGCCCACGUCUCCGUGUCCACGGUUCCUCUGGAGAACCUGCGCAUCAUCAGGGGCAGUCAGCUGUACAACUCGAGUUACGCGCUCGCUGUUCUGGGCAACAUCGGUGUCAGCCAGCUGUGGCUCAGAAGUCUCACAGAGAUUUUACUGGGUGAUGUUUACAUCUGGGGCAACCCCCAGCUGUGUUUCCCCAACCCUCGGUCUAUCACCUGGAAGGACAUCAUGGCUGAUCAGGAUCUAACUGGAAAACUGCAGCAUCUACAGUCAGCAGCGCCUUACUGUCCAGCUUGUCCUCAAUCAUGCAACUCCAGGGGCUGCUGGGGCCCCACUGGGUCUGACUGCCAAACACUGACAAACGUGCGCUGUACUUCAGGCUGUAAGCGUUGUAAAGGUCCUGAUGCGAGCGACUGUUGUCAUGUGCAGUGUGCUGCCGGCUGCACCGGGCCCAAAGACUCCGACUGUCUGACUUGUCGGCACUUCAACGACAGCGGCACGUGCAAAGACAACUGCCCUCCUCCCGCCAUCUACGACCCGGUGACGUAUCAGUCCAAACCAAACCCCAACAAGAAGUUCAGCUUCGGCGCCACCUGUGUGAAAAACUGUCCCAAUAACUAUUUAGCCAUGGAUGUAGCAUGCACAAUGGUUUGCCCCAAAGCCAAUCAGGAGGUCAUCAUCGUCCAACCAGAUGGCCUGGAGACACAGAAAUGUGAGAAGUGUGAAGGAGAAUGUCCAAAAGUGUGUUACGGUCUCGGGAUGGGGAACCUCCAGGGGAUAACUGCCGUGAACUCCUCCAACAUCGCUUCCUUCCAGGGCUGUAAGAAGAUCUACGGCAGCCUGGCCUUCCUUUCGCAAUCGUUUCAAGGGGACCCGCGCAGUAAUUUAUCAGGCCUGCAGUCGAGUGACCUCGAAGUGUUCCGAACUUUAGAGGAGAUCACAGGUUACGUGUACUUCGACGCAUGGCCACAGAACCAGAGCGACCUGAGCGUGUUUGAAAACCUGAAGGUUAUCAGAGGUCGAAUGCUUUACAAGGGUGUGUUUUCUCUGGGAGUGCAGUCUCUCCACAUCGAGUCUCUUGGCCUGCGUUCUUUGCGCCGCGUCAGCGGCGGCCUCGUGCUUGUCCACAACAACUCCAAGCUGUGUUACACGUCGUCUCUGCCAUGGGCCGCUCUGCUGUACCCAAGUCAGGAGCUCAACCUCAUCAGCAACAACAACCGCGACCCUAACACCUGCGUGGCUGAGGGUCAUGUGUGUGACUCGCUGUGUGCGAACGGAAACUGCUGGGGUCCCGGGCCAAGUCAGUGUGUGUCAUGUAAGUCAUUUCAGCGCGGUAUGGAGUGUGUGGAGCAGUGCAACAUCCAGCACGGUGCCAUCAGAGAGUUCAUCGACGGAUCCUCUUGCGUUCCCUGUCACUCAGAGUGUCGACUAAUCAAUGGCUCCGCCUCCUGCACCGGUCCCGGAGCGAACAAGUGUGUGGAGUGCAUGCACUAUCAGGACGGCGACACGUGCGUUGAGCGCUGCCCGAGCGGCGUGAAGGAGGAGCAACACACCAUGUGGAAAUAUGCCAACGAGAGCGGACACUGCGUGCCCUGCGCCACCAACUGCACCGUCUCCUGUACGAUGGAUGACCGAGGAUGUCCUGUUCAGCAGAAAACUGGACCUGGGACGACGAUAGCGGCGAUCGGCGGUGUCGUUCUCUUCGUCAUCCUGCUGGCUCUGCUCAUCUUCUAUCUGUGCCGGCAGAAGAAGCUGAAGAAGAAGGAGACCAUAAGGAGGCGACUGCAGGAGCAUGAGCUAGUAGAGCCACUGACGCCGAGCGGAGUACAACCCAAUCAGGCUCAGAUGCGCAUCCUGAAGGAAACGGAGCUCAAGAAGUUGCGCGUUCUUGGAUCCGGAGCGUUCGGCACUGUCUACAAGGGUAUCUGGACUCCUGAUGAAGAAACCAUGAAGAUUCCGGUGGCCAUUAAAGUGUUGCGUGAGAACACGUCCCCUAAAGCCAACAAGGAAAUUCUGGACGAGGCGUACGUGAUGGCGGGUGUGGUCAGUCCGUACGUGUGCCGCUUGUUGGGAAUCUGUCUGACCUCCACGGUGCAGCUGGUCACUCAGCUCAUGCCGUACGGCUGCCUGCUCGAUUACGUCCGAGAGAACAAGGACCGCAUCGGGUCCCAAUACCUCCUCAACUGGUGCGUGCAGAUCGCUAAGGGAAUGAGUUACCUGGAGGACGUCCGACUGGUCCACAGAGAUCUGGCAGCCCGGAAUGUUCUGGUAAGGAACCCCAACCAUGUGAAGAUCACCGAUUUUGGCCUGGCUCGUCUCCUGGACAUAGACGAGACCGAGUACCAUGCAGACGGCGGAAAGGUGCCCAUCAAGUGGAUGGCUUUGGAGUCGAUUCUUCACAGGAAGUUCACUCACCAGAGCGACGUGUGGAGUUACGGAGUGACCGUGUGGGAGUUGAUGACCUUCGGCAUGAAGCCGUAUGAUCUCAUCCCGGCACGGGAUAUUCCUGAGCUGCUGGAGCGAGGAGAGCGUCUUCCCCAGCCUCUCAUCUGCACCGUCGAUGUCUACAUGAUCAUGGUCAAAUGCUGGAUGAUCGAUCCCGAGUGUCGACCCAGAUUCAAGGAGCUGGUGAAUAACUUCAGCAGCAUGGCACGAGAUCCUCCACGCUACGUCGUCAUUCCGAAUGACGAGCAGAUGAGUCUGUCGAGUCUGGUGGACAGUCAGUUUUACCGCACGUUGCUGGAAGAAGAAGGCGGGAACGUGAAGGAACUCCUGGACGCAGAGGAGUAUUUGGUGCCCCAACCCGGAUUCUUUGAGAACCAGGCGAACGGACUGACAAGGCAUCACUCACACAGGAGCACGGAUCUGGUCCUGGAGACGGAUGUUGUGCCGAGCGGGCGGAGCAUGCACUCGUCGGUCAGCACGUUGGGGCGGAAUCUAUACCCGACACUUCCUGUCGGAGCUACGGCCAACGGAAACUGGGGAGGCUCUCAGUACCGCUCGCUGGCCCGAAGCCAGUCCCAUUGCUCCGCUGGCGGCCAGUCCGACUCCGUGUUUCUGGACGGGGGCAGGGACGAGCCUCCGUCCAGUCCCGGCCGCUACAGUAAAGACCCCACUUUCCCUGGGUGCAUGGAUGGAGACUUGGAAGUGGACGGGCCAAUAAGUUACCCGUCGCACUCGCUGCCACGCAGAAAACACACGCAACCAGAGUAUGUAAACCAGGCGGUCCAAUCAGAUCGGGCGAGUACGCUGCCACGGAAAUCCAACGAAAGGCGGUUACACAACGGCCUUAGUGCUGGACGCAGCGUGGAGAACCCCGAGUACCUAGUGCCCACGUCUCCUGCUUUUGACAAUCCGUAUUACUUGGAUCUUGUGGGUAACGUGCCUCCGGGUGGGGCUUCAGUGGGCGGAGCCACAUCUCUAGCAUCACCUCCCAGGCAGGUGAACGGCUAUGUGACUCCUACAGCGGAAAACCCGGAGUACCUGGGAUUGGCCGAAACCUGGAGCGGGCAAAGAUAGUGCACCUGAGAAGGGGCAGAUUGGGUCGAGUGAUUGAAUGAGUGAGAGUAAGUGAACACAUGAACGCAUGAGUCGAGCACUAUUGUAUUGUAUGUUUUAGGGCUGUCGGAUCGCUUUAAAAGUUGCAUCUUGAUUUGAACGAUUUACGAACUUUAAGGAAUGCAGUCAGAGUAAAACCUACACAGGUGUCGCAUUUUUAUUUAUGUAUAAUUUUUUUAAAAUCAGACAUCACAAGGAGACGUCAUAAGCUGCAGAACGGUGUUGCAGACACGACGUAGUACCCUAUAUGCCCGGUCAAACGAGAUCCAGCCACAGAAACGUUCUGGAAACAUAACGACGACGCCACUCUGAAAAAGAACGCAUACUUUUGUUUGCUUGUUUUUACAUUUAAAUAGAAAGUUAAUGUGUAAAAAAAAAAAACAAAAAAAAAAAAACUGAAGGUAAAAUUAUUAUUAUUUAUUUUUUUUUAAACAUUUAUUCCGACAGCCCUAAUAUAUCUGAAACGGUGAAUGUCAUGGAUGGAUGGACGAGUGUGUGUGUGUGUGUGUGUGUGUAUGUGACUACAGGAAACUCAAAUUCCAUCGAAAACAUGGAAUUUCCUUUCAAAAUCCAAUGUAGCAUCCGGCGUGUGGACAGCCUGGACGUUUAAAUUUUUUUUUUGUGGCGGUUUACCCAUCACUGAAAGACGUAAUUGGGACAGUGAAUUCACAAAUGAAUCAAUGCACGAAGGGUAAACCGAACACGGUACGAUCUAACGGAUGUGAUUAUCUUUAAACCGUAAAUGGUACGAGCCAACAGGGACGUUUUCAAAAAAAUAUAUAUAUUUUAAUUGUUUUAUGAGGACGCUAAUGAAGCACGUGAGAAUGUACAAACCAAAUGACACUGGAACUAGAAAUCACUACUUUGACUGUUUGGUUAUUCGUUUUUUUGUUUUCUCUCGCCCCAUUUCACAUCCCACUGCUUUUGUUUUUUGUUUUUCGGUCUUCCAAACACGGCAGCUCAAACCCGGUGUUGUUUCCAGGCUAAACUCGGACAUCCGGCUCGAGCAGCUUUUUUUAUACAGUAGCUAUAUGUUUAACAUGAGACUCUGAGAGCGAUGGAGGAGGACAAGAGGGGACGGGUCGACUUUGCCCUGCUGGAACCGCCACCAUUAUGAAGACUUAUGACUAAGAUAUGAUUAGUUUACGAUUUUCACAACGUAUACGACAUACACUCGAGUGGAAAGUCCUCACUGUGCUUGUUAUUUGUUUUUAUAUAUAUAUAUAUAUAUAUAUAUAUAUAUAUAUAUAUAGUUUCAGUAUGUGGUAUGAAUCCAAUAAUUGUGUCUUUUUAUGAAAUUAUUUCCAAACCAUGGUACUACACUCCCAGCACAAUCAAUGUUUUAGGACAAAAGGUUUUGUGGAAUUAUUUCGAAACUCAAAUUUGACGAAUCUGUGGGUUUUUAAAAAAAAAAUAUAUAAAAAUGAUCAUUUCUUUGAAUUUCUGACCACGUCAGAAUCACGUUCUGAAUCCAGCUUUCCAGCUUUCAGCACCAUCGUCAGUUGCGCUUAUAGGAAAUAUUUGGGGGGGAAAAACCCCACAUUGGUGAAUUUAGUUCUAACUAAGAAGUUCUAACUGCUUAAUUGGUGGUAUUGUUGUAAAUCACUUGCUUAAUAUCUCUUCAGUCAUGCCUUUAAUUUCUUACAUGACCUGAUUUCAAAAUUACAGCUAGUUGUUGUAAAUACAACAAAAUUAAAAAUAUAUUUUUGUGUCCAUUAACAAAAGCUUCACUUCUAGACCCAAACUAGAUAAAUAACUAGUUAUAGAGUAAAAAUAAAUACACGGGGCCAGUCAAAAGUUAACUUUUCUUUUCAUUUUAUUACAGUUUUAUCCACUAUUGCCAAUGAAAUGUUUCUGAAAUUCUUCGUAAAAUCCCCAAAUCUUUGCAAAGACUAGAUUUUAUGUUAUUUAUUUUUUUCCCCACCAAUAAAAAAUAAAAUAAAGUCACAAAUCCUUCUCGGUUCACUUUCGGAAAUGUUCUAUUUGAGAGGAUUAAACUACGUAGAAAUAUCUAUCGGGAGUUUAAAAAAAAACAUUUGACUGGCAGCGUACGUCACUCAUCAAACGCGCACACCAUAUUUCGUUUAGAUAUCGAAAUACGAGAAUCCGAUAAUAUUGAUAGCCCUUACCUUUUUUAAAUGUUCUCUCGCUUUAUAUUUCUGCUUUCGCGACCUAAAUUCCAAACACCCGUGCAUCCGUCAUUUCGCAUCCCGAUCCUCCUCGUCUUACAUCGCUUCAUUCGUUUCGCGAAGUAGAUAAAAAAAAAAAAAGUUUCGAACAAAAUAAGUUUGGUGAUAAGUUUAUUUAAUAGCUAUAAAAAAACAAACAAACAUGGAGAGGAAA